GAGUUUCCCUCCGGUACACAGGGGGGCAGCACUGCAGAGCUAGUUUUCCUUUAGUGUCCCACCUUCUCCUGAAACAUGGCAGCUCCCAUGGCUCUCCGACGAGAGUUAUUCUCUCUUACAAGGAUACUCAGUGGAAUCUCACAUUUGGGACCGACAGCUUCUGGCUCCUGUUCAGGUCACAGGAAAUGUAAUAUAAUCAGGUCUCAUCUUCCGUUGGCCUCCAACGCUUCCUUCCACACAGCAACAGUGUUUUCAUCAACACCUUCAUCAAUCACUGUCACAGAAGAGCCCGACACGCUGCUUCAGAAGGUGUCGCUGUUGGUCAAAGGUCAUGACACGGCCGUGUUGGACAGCUAUGAGUUCUUUGCCAGCAUGGCGGCUAAAGAGCUGGGCAUCACUAUCGACAAAGUUCAUGAACUUCCCAAGCACAUGGAGAGGUUCACACUCCUGAAGUCAGUUCACAUCUUCAAAAAACACAGAGUCCAGUAUGAGAUGAGGACACACUACCGCUGCAUCGAGCUGUCUCAUAUAACAGGCUGCACAGCUCAGGUGUACCUUGAAUACAUCCAGAGGAACCUCCCUGAAGGUGUAGCCAUGGAGGUGACAAAGACCGCCAUGGAGAAGGUUCCUGAUCACAUCCUUGAACCCAUGUGGGAUGACCACCCCGUUGAUGACAAGCCCAGCCAGUGAUGACCAACAGAUGCUUAUUGGAUGUGUUUUCUCAGACGUCAGUGAAUAUGUUUGUUAAAUAAGAAGACGUGGAAAAAAACUGCAAUAUUACCAUACUUUAUGGUUGUCAUGGACUCGUGAACUUCUCAUCAUAUAGAUUUCAACAUUAUCAUCAAUACAGAGUUGAACAUCACAGAAUAAAGGGCCAGCUGUAGAACUUGCUUUCAUGAUGUCAGCAUGUAACAGUCUUCAUUUACUGCCAGUUGUGUGUUUUCAUUGUUUUUUUUCUGUGGCAAAUCAGUGUGGAAUCAAAUGUUUGUUGUUAUUGUUUUUUCAAUAAAUAAAUUCUGUUUAAAUGUC